AUGGUAUUGUGGGAUAUUGAAUACAAGUAUAAUGGUCUAUCCUUACGUGAUAAUGUGCAGAGUCUUUGUGGUCAUACUAGUCCGGUCGAAUCUUUAGCUUUUGAUUUGGCUGAAGUCUUGGUGCUUGCUGGUGCAUCUUCGGGUGUGAUAAAGCUUUGGGAUCUCGAAGAAACAAAGAUGGUUCGCGGACUUAUUGGACACAGAUCUAAUUGCACUGCUUUGGAGUUCCAUCCAUUUGGUGAGUUUUUUGCAUCUGGUUCCAUGGAUACAAAUCUAAAGAUAUGGGAUAUCAGAAAAAAAGGAUGCACUCACACAUAUAAGGGUCAUACUCGAGGCAUUAGCACGAUUAGAUUCACUCCUGAUGACCGCUGGGUGGCUUCUGGUGGAUUUGAUAAUGUUGUAAAGAUGUGGGAUCUUACCGCUGGAAAACUCUUGAAUGAGUUUAAGUUUCACGAAGGGCAUAUUUCCUCCUUAGACUUCCAUCCUCUUGAGUUUCUCCUUGCUACAGGGUCCACGGAUGGAACGGUAAAAUUCUGGGAUUUGGAAACUUUUGAACUGAUUGGGUCUUCAAGACCGGAGGCUGUGGGGGUUCGCUCGAUUACCUUUCAUACUGAUGGGAAAACCCUUUUCUGUGGAUCAGACAAUGAUUUGAAGGUUUAUUCAUGGGAGCCAGUAGUUUGUCAUGAUUCUGCUGAUAUUGGGUGGUCAACACUUGGUGACCUCUGCAUCAAUGAAGGCAAACUUCUGGGUUGUUCGUACUAUAGAAAUUCUAUUGGAGUUUGGGGAGCAGACUUAGCGCAUAUUGAGCCAUAUGGCCGAAAUGGACGUUCUGAGAAGAAAUUUAAUCUUGAGGGAAGUUAUUCUUUGGAGAAAGCUGGGAGUGGCAUGAGGUCAACUUUGGGAUCACGGCCCCUAUCGCCUGAUUACGAGACCAAGGAAAUAAAGAACAUUUAUGUUGACAUUUCGAGUUUGACUUCUUCUCUGAUGAUACAUAUAAACGUGAAGAAAGGAGGAACACAAAUAUCUAAAACGGACCCUAUGUCGGCCAAUAAUAUAAGUCCUGUCGAAAGUCUAAUUUCUACAACGGAAUCAGCUUCUGGCUCUGAGGGUGGCAUUACUAGAAGUCCAAUUCCUAGAAGGGAAACAACCCCUACUUCUGACAGGAUAAUUACUGGAGAUCGAAUUUCUAGAAGGGAAUCAACUUUCACCUCAGAUAGGAUGACUGCUCGAAAUCAAAGUUCUCGAAAGGAAUCGACCGUUGCAUCUAAUAGGAUCGUUACUGUAAAUCAAAUUUCUAGAAGGGGAUCAAAUUAUGCAUCUAGUGGAAGCAUUACUGGAAAUCUAAUUUCUAGAAGGGAAUCAACCUCAGCUUCUGAUGGGAUCAUUACCAAAAACCAAAUCACUCAAAGUGAGUCAACUUCCAUUUCUGUUGGGAUCAUUUCAGGAAAUAAACUUUCUAGAAAUGAUAUGAGUAGACCAACUGGUUUAGUUACUGAAAUUCAAAUUUCUAUGGGGGCAUUGAGUUCUGGUAAUGAUGGGAAUGUUACAAUUAUCGAAAGCCAAAUUUCAAAGGGUGAAUCAAUCUCUGCUAAUGAUGAAAAGCUAACCGAAAGUCUGAUGCAAACGCAUGAUGUAUUCUUAAGUACUCUCCGGUCACGCUUGACAAAGUUACAGGUAGUGCGACAUUUUUGGGAAAAGAAUGACAUUAAAGGUUCUAUUGGUGCUGUGCGGAAACUGCCUGAUCAUUCUGUGCAAGCCGAUGUGAUCGGUGUUUUCAUGGAAAAAAUGGAGAUUCUCACCUUAGAUCUGUUUUCCGUUCUGCUUCCCGUGCUUAUCGGCUUAUUAGAUAGCAAAAUGGAAAGGCACGCAGGUGUUAUUCGGGCAUGUACAUGUCUCGUAGCAGUUUUUGGUCCAAUGAUACGCUCAACUGUUUCAGCCCCGCGUGGUGUCGGUGUUGAUCUUCAUGCCGAGCAGAGGCGAGAAUGCUGCAGUCAGUGUUAUAUGCAGCUGCAAAAGAUUCAAAAUCUUCUUCCAGCCCUUGUAAGGAGAGGUGGCACGGUUGCGAGAUGUGCACAGGAAUUGAAUCUAGUUCUUCAAGAAUGACGAUGAAGGCAGCUAUAUAAAUCGUCUACCACCUAAACAUGAAAAAUGUGGUCAAGCCGAAAUCACUUAUAAAGGCCAUUUUGUCAUGGCCAUGUCCGUAUUGGGCCGUGUAUCUCGAAGAUGGAUGAAGAAGAGACGUUAAUCUCCUAUGUUUCUGGAUUUCCUGGUAAAUUCCCUUGCCAUUCUUUAAUUCAAUAUGGCGACGUUCGUCAUCUUUUCUGUUAAAAAUGCAUGUAAGCAUGUCUCAAUGCAAAUCUACUCUUCGGCUAUAAAAUUCAAUGAAAUGUCAGUUCCUUGA